AUGGGUGUUCAUUCAUUUUGGGAUAUUGUAGGCCCCUCGGCAAGGCCCGUAAGGUUGGAGUCCCUGGAGGACAAGAGGAUGGCGGUGGAUGCCUCCAUCUGGAUCUACCAGUUCUUGAAAGCUGUCCGUGAUCAAGAGGGGAACGCUGUGAAAAACUCUCACAUUACCGGGUUCUUUAGAAGAAUUUGCAAGCUGCUGUACUUUGGAAUCAGGCCUAUUUUUGUUUUUGAUGGUGGUGUGCCCGUAUUGAAAAGAGAGACUAUACGGCAAAGAAAGGAAAGGAGACAGGGAAAAAGGGACAGUGCAAAGUCCACCGCUAGGAAGCUGCUGGCUUUUCAAUUGCAAAAUGCCUCGAACGACGGUGCCAAGAAACCCGUUCAACAUAGUAGCAGUGGUGUCCAAAUUUUCAAGCCUCAUGAUGAAUGGGACUUGCCCGACAUACCGGGGUUUAAAUACGAUAAAGAAGAUACGAGGGUGGAUUCAACAAAGACUUUCGAGAAGCUGAUGAAUUCGAUAGACAACGAUGGAUUGGAAGACAUUGAUUUGGAGGCAAUAAACCCCGCGUCCGCCGAAUUUGAAGAACUUCCCAAGGCCACCCAGUAUUUGAUAUUAUCGUCCUUGAGACUCAAAUCGAGACUAAGAAUGGGGUACACAAAAGAACAGUUGGAAACGAUUUUCCCGAACAGUAUGGAUUUUUCAAAGUUCCAAAUAGAUAUGGUCAAAAGAAGGAAUUUUUUUACUCAAAGGCUUAUCAAUACCACGGGUACCCAAGAUGGUGAAGCUUCUCAACCAAAUGGCGAAGUGGUUAACAGAAUAUCUGGUCAAAAAGACAAAGAGUACAAGUUGACUAAGACUGAUACUGGAUGGAUACUUGGGCUGGGCUCAAGCGAUGGUUCUGAAGUGCAAAAGGCAAUCGUAAUAGACGACAAAGAUUCAGGUGCACUACUACAGGAGUUGAAUGGUAGUAUUGGAAACGGUGACGUACUUCAAUGGGAUAGUUCACAGGAGGAUACGCUUAAAGUUUUGCGAGAUAAACCUACUGACACAACGACAACACCGCAAAAGAAAGAGGACAGUCGACUGGAGGAUGACGAAGACGAGUUUGACGAAGGUGAGUGGGAAGAUGUGGAGCUUAAACCUAAGGAUGUCAAACCAAUAGAAGAUUUUUCUAUUAAAGCAGCAAGAUUACCUUAUUUGGACAAAUUUGUGUAUAAGGCGGGCAGUAAAUCGUUUUUAGAUAAAAGGCAUGAUCAGGUAUCACCUACUAAAAACAUCACAGCAACAAAAAUUAACAGGAUCAAUUUGGAAAACGGCGAAGAUGAAGAUGAAGAUGAUGAAGAUUUCCUGAAGCAAAUUGAGGAAAUUGAAGUUAUGGAAGCAAUGCAACGCUCUAAGAACGAACAGAAAUCCAAACCAAAAACUGCAGAUGCCGAAAGGGCUCGUUCGCCUAUAAUACAGUAUGGAUCGCUUGGUGUACAACCAGAUCGUUCGCAAAGAGACCAUGUCGCCAAUUUGAAUAAUAAAUCAGGCUCAGUCAUUGAAAAGAACAGCAGGGCAACUGUUAGUGAGUUCAUACCGCCGUCCGUUCCUGAGGACCAAGAGAUAUCGUUAACAGAAGGAGAGCAAAAUUUGAAUUUCAUUUCCAACAAGAUACCGCAAUUUAACUUUAACAACAAAAACUCUCUCCUAUUCCAAAAUGACACUAGUAAUAAAAAAGGCGAGCUUGCCCAUGAGUCUAAGGAGAAGAUUCCAGUUCCUGAAAUUCCGAGCUGGUUUUCUUCAACAACCUCUCAACAACCAUAUAACCCUUAUAGCACCACCAAUUUUGUUGAAGACAAGAAUACGACAAGUGAAAGGGGGGCUGAAGAUGGAGCGACCACUGAUGGAAAAAAUUACGAACUUCUGACUGGUUUAAAUGCAGCUGAAAUGUUAGAAAAUGAAAACAACUCUACCAAUGCGAGAAAUAAUCAAAAGGACACUGAUCUGGAAGUAUUAUCAGAUAAAGUGUUUGAGGACAUUCCAGCGGAACCCCCAAUUGAGACUGCGGUAAAUGAUAAAGAAGACGCAAAUUUAGAAUCUACAAGCAAUGAGCAUAGGGAACCCCUUGCUUUUGAUUAUGAUUUUUCCGAGGACGAAGAAGAUCAUAUAGUGGAGAACAUGAGAAAGGAACAAGAGGAAUUCAAUACAUUUAGGAAUACGACAUUGUUGUCUUCGGAUGGAAGAAGCGUUGCCGAUAAUGCCUUUAUGGAAGACCAACUAUUUGAACAACAGAUGAAGGAUAAAAGGGAUUCUGAUGAAGUAACCUUGGAUAUGAUCAAAGAAGUCCAAGAGUUACUCUCCAGAUUUGGUAUUCCAUACGUCACUGCUCCCAUGGAAGCUGAAGCACAAUGUGCAGAGUUAUUGCAAUUAAAGCUUGUUGAUGGUAUAAUUACUGAUGAUAGUGACGUUUUCUUAUUUGGCGGUACAAAAAUUUAUAAGAAUAUGUUUCAUGAAAAGAACUAUGUUGAGUUUUACGAUGCGGAAUCUAUUUUGAAAUUGCUGGGUUUGGAUAGAAAGAACAUGAUUGAAUUGGCGCAGCUUUUGGGGAGUGACUACACAAAUGGAUUGAAAGGUAUGGGGCCUGUCUCGAGUAUAGAAGUGAUUGCGGAAUUCGGCAACUUGGAAAAUUUUAAAGACUGGUACAACAAUGGGCAAUUUGACAAACACAAACAGGAAACGGAAAACAAAUUUGAAAAAGACUUGAGAAAGAAACUGGUAAACAAUGAAGUUAUGUUAGACGACGAUUUUCCAAGUGUCAUGGUUUAUGACGCGUAUAUGAGGCCAGAAGUUGACCAUGAUACUACGCCGUUCGUUUGGGGGUUACCAGACCUGGAUAUGCUACGUUCAUUCAUGAAUAAUCAAUUAGGCUGGCCAUACGAAAAGUCCGAUGAAAUCCUUAUUCCUCUGAUAAGGGAUGUUAAUAAUCGUAAAAAGAAGGGAAAACAAAAAAGAAUCAACGAGUUUUUUCCAAGAGAAUAUAUAUCUGAUGAUAAGAAGCUGAAUACGAGUAAAAGAGUAACAACAGCAACAGGUAAACUGAAAAAAAGAAAGUUGUGA